UCUCGCACGAACCAAGGACUGUAAAUGUGCGAAUAAUGAAUCUUAUACAAAACAAAAUAUGUUGUGAUGAUUAAUUAUGUGCUAUAGGCGGUUUAUGAGUUCUGAAGUAUCAUUUUUGUCCAGUGAAAGAGGGUUUAAAGGGGCGGGAUUUGGGCGGCGCCGUUCUCCCGUAGGCGUCUCCCUGAAGAGCGCUAUCCUGGAGGAAGGCUCGCUGCCUGACAGCUCGCGUUGUCCUCGAUUUAAUCAUAAACCAGGAGCAUGGAUUUUACACGCCGUUUCCUGCCUUAAAACCCCAUCCUGUGUCACACCACACAGGCCUUUUCGGUUUCCGUCGUCAUCGCAAUGGCACGCGCCCGCCUGAGCCGCUCCAGUAAUGGCACUUGAAUUCAGAAAUGAUUCUGCUUAAGACAGCUUUGCUUGACUGACUCAGAAGCCCCGUUUAAAAGAAUUGAUUUAAUCAUGAAUUAAACCCCAAUAAACUACAGACUAGGGCCCAACCCAUCCUUGAACUGCAUCUUUCCAUACAAAGUUGUCUGCUUCUGUCUCCGGAUCAGCCGUGUAUAAUCCCAGCUGUGUCACCCCGUCAUCCACUGGCAGUGACUGACCUUUGACCUGGACCCAGCACCUGGGCUUUGUGGUCAUGUCUAGCCCCAGCAGUAGUCCAGAGAGAGAGGGGGGGAUCACAGGGUCAGUUCAGCUGGAGAACCUCGGCUCUCCAGCAGGUCAGGAGGCCGACCCACUCUCCGUUGGUAGCCCUGUGCUGAGCCCAGACUCCAGUUCCCACGAUGCCGCUCUCUCUGCACCAGCAGUCUCGCCUGCUGACUCAGAGAAUCUCAGUCCAGAUGAACUGGAGCUGCUGGCUAAAUUGGAGGAACAGAAUAGGCUCCUGGAGGCUGAUUCCAAGUCCAUGCGCUCUAUGAGCGGCUCUCGCAGGAACAGCGGCUCCUCACUGGUGUCCAGUUCCUCGGCCUCGUCCAACCUCUCACACCUGGAGGAGGACACCUGGAUCUUGUGGGGACGCAUCGUUAACGAGUGGGACGAAUGGCGACGCAAGAAAGACAAAUUGCUCAAGGAACUGAUAAGGAAGGGGAUCCCACAUCACUUCCGGGCGAUCGUGUGGCAGCUGCUGGGCAACGCCACGGACAUGCCAGUGAAGAACCAGUACUCGGAGCUGCUGAAGAUGUCGUCACCUUGUGAGAAGCUCAUCCGCAGGGACAUCGCCCGUACCUACCCUGAGCACGAGUUCUUCAAGGGGCAGGACAGUCUGGGCCAGGAGGUCCUCUUCAAUGUCAUGAAGGCAUACUCCCUAGUGGAUCGUGAGGUAGGAUACUGUCAGGGCAGUGCCUUCAUCGUUGGGCUGCUUCUCAUGCAGAUGCCAGAGGAGGAGGCAUUCUGCGUGUUUGUGCGGCUGAUGCAGGAGUACAGACUCAGAGAGCUCUUUAAACCGAGCAUGGCAGAGCUGGGCCUCUGCAUAUACCAGUUUGAAUACCUGCUGCAGGAGCAGCUGCCGGAGUUGAAUGUGCAUUUUCGCUCGCAGAGUUUCCACACCUCCAUGUACGCUUCAUCGUGGUUCCUCACACUCUUCCUCACCUUCCUGCCUCUGCCCAUAGCCACACGUAUUUUCGAUAUAUUCAUGUAUGAGGGUCUGGAGAUUAUAUUCCGAGUAGGAAUGGCCAUUUUACAGUACAACCAGACCGACCUCAUACAACUGGACAUGGAGGGCAUGUCACAGCACUUUCAGAAGGUGAUCCCUCACCAGUUUGACAGCUGCCCUGAUAAACUCAUCCUCCGAGCCUAUCAAAUUAAAUACAACCCCAAGAAGAUGAAAAAAUUGGAAAAGGAGUAUACCACCAUCAAAAACAAAGAGAUGGAGGAACAGAUUGAAAUUAAGCGACUACGCACAGAGAACAGACUGUUAAAGCAGAGAAUUGAGACACUGGAGAAGGAGAGUGCCGCACUGGCAGACAGGUUGAUCCAGGGUCAGGUGACGAGAGCACAGGAAGCGGAGGAGAAUUAUGUGAUCAAACGCGAAUUAGCGGUUGUGCGGCAACAGUGCACGACAGCCAGCGAGAGCCUGGAGAGAGCACAGGACACCAUACGGGAACUGCAGGAACACAUGUAUACAGAGCAGUUUGUGAACGGGCUGCAGGCUCAGCUCGAGCAGUCUCGCCUUCAGGAAGCAGAGCUCCUAAGUGCACUGAAGGAGAUGCAGGACAAAGUGCUGGACCUCGAGAAGAGGAGCAGCUCCCUGCCUGAUGAGACGAACGUAGCGCAGCUCCAAGAGGAGCUGAAACAGGUCAAGCUGAGAGAGUUGGAGACGCUGCGCUCCUUCAGAGAGAUGCAGGAUGUGGUCACUGAACUCAACCAGCGCUGGCAGCACUACACAUCACGUGGUGGCCACUGGAAAGAGUCUCCUAAGAAAAAUGCCCUGAAUGAAAUGCAGGACAAACUGAUGAGCAUGAGACUGAGAGAGGCUCACACACAGGCUGAGAUUAAAGAGGUCAAACUUAAAAACCUGCAGCUGGAGAGCCAGAAUCAGAUCUACAGCAAUGCUAUGACCCGUCAUGAGCAGGAGAGUGCCGCCCUGCAGGAGAGACUGCAGAAUGCUUUAUCACACAACAAGAGUCUGCAGAGUCAGCUCAGCGAAAUGAAGAGGAAACAGGCCGAGUCAGACUGCAAGAGUAAAGAGGAGGUGAUGGCUGUGCGUCUGAGGGAGGCAGACAGUAUGGCCGCCAUGGCUGAACUCCGGCAAAAAAUAGCUGAGCUAGAAUUGCAAAAAGAGGAAGGGCUGAUACAGGGUCAGCUGAAUCAUUCUGAUUCCAGACAGUAUAUCGAUCAAUUGAGGGAACAGAUUGCUGAGCUCAAGAAUGAGAUAAGGCAGCUACGUGGUCAGCCCUCCAAAUUUCAGAACUCCGGGGGUGGAGCCUAUCAGGACCUGUGUCUGGCGAGCCCAGUUUCCGCAGAAGGAGACUACCUGAGCUCAGACGAUGAUCUGCUGCAGAGCCCGCUUCCUGGCACAGCACUGUAUCCGCACCACACCUCGACUCAUCUGGACAGUGAGGGCAGCACUGAGAGUGACGGAGACGAAAGGAACGAAACCCACUCUACCCACCCAUGUCAGGACACCGCACCCACCCAGCAGCAGCUUUAUCCAGACAUGGUGUACAACGAGGCCCCAGAGAACUGAGGUGGGGGGGUUGGAGCAGAGAGGGCAGAAGUGUUCAGAGGCAUGGGGAGGAGAAACUCGGUGCACGCCCAUGGACGAGAGAAUGAGUACACACACAUGCACACGUGCUGACACACUCCCAUGAGGACAGAGCUGAAAGGCAUAACUCUCGGCAGGGUUCAGGAGGAAGACUGCAUGUAUAUACAGAACGGACUGACACAGAGGUCAUCCUUCUUUCCCUUCCUGUGUCUCCAUUCUACCAUCUCUCCUCCUUUCCCUCUGUAAAAGUUAAACUUGUGCUGAACUGGUUCUGAAACGUCUACUAACACCCAUCAGCAUCAGCUUUAGACGCACACACUCACAUACAUGCACACAAACACACUUCUAGGGCCCUAUUUUCAUGACUAUAAUGCAGAAACAAAUGUAAUACAUCCUACUUUUAUCACAGUAACUCAGGCAGUAAGAGUGCCAUGAUUGUGAAAAGCGUUUGGGUUUGAAUUAAUACAUUGCUAACAACGGAGGUUGGGUGUAUUUUCUUUAAGAAGCAAGUGUGUGCAGUGGUGUUUUCAUAAUCUCAUUAAGCAUCAUUAGUCUUGUUGAGUUGUUAGACAUUUCAUUGAUUCUACUCUUCUAUAAUUGUGUUGUGUAAAUGAUGCUUCAGCUCGCUGAUUCACAUUUCAUAGCCACAGCUGAGACUUGUUCAGACAAAACGAUUCCAUGUAGUAUAUAUUUAUUUCAUAGCUAGGAGAUGAUACUUUAUAUUGACGUGGGUGGCAUUUACAGUAAACAUCCACUGCCAAAAGUGGGUUUUUACGUUUUUGUCAAAUCAAUAAAGUACUGUCUUGACAUUUGUGGUAAAGAGAGAUGAUAAUGGUGCAACAUGUUAUUUUUCAAAGUAUGUUUGAAAAUACCACUGCAUAAGUUCAUUUGAGUUUAUGAAAAAUAACCAGGUAAAACAGUAAAAAACCUGGCUUAUGUGUAACCACUAAGUUACAGAAAUAGGGCUCUUACUGUUAUCACUACCAUCAUUUAGAGCUUCAGAUUUAUCCCUUGGUCAUUCUUUUUACUGAAUCAACUCAACUACCCACAAGAGUGAAGAUUUCAACUGCACCACCACACUGAAUCUGUAGCAUCAGUUUUCUGGGAGAUGGACGAUUAAGAAUUACUAGAUAUGCCCGAGGUGAGAGUGCAGCAGAGAGGCCGAAUGGUGAAUCCACGGUACAAGCCUCUGGUGGAGAAAUAGUGGGAGCGCCAUGAAGUUAAAAAAAAAGGUCAGGAGCGUUAUAUACAUUAUACUCUUGUCAGUACAGCGGUUCUCUCUCUCCACAGGAGCGUACUUUUGACAUAUCUUGAAACACACUCCAAUCACUUUAUUAGAAGGAAGGGAAAAUAUGGACAGAAGCUUGACAUACACAUGUUUGUUGUAUGUUAGUAUGUUAAUAGAUGUUAAUAGACACGUAGCUGAAAAAUACCAACAGUUACCUACUGUAGCUAAUCUGUGUUUGUAUGUCUCAGUGCAAAAAAAAAAAAAAAACAAGGAAUUUUUGGACGGUAAAUGUUCAUUUCGUUGUUGAAAAAGAACACAAAGCUACAAAAACAAUAUCUCAAACUUGCCAAAUUUUUACGUUAUUUAUGUUUUUUUAUUUAUUUAGUUUUUUUUAUUUUACACAUAUAUUGAGACCAACAUAAUUAUAAAUACUCCUUGAAACUUUUAUUUUCUUCUCUGUGCCAAAUUGUAAAAGCUGCAACAUAAUGGCAUUUAAGGUCUCCAUGAAAUGAGAAAAUUUCUAACACGUGCUGCUAGUAUGACUUUUUUUUUUUUUUUUUUUUUUAAAUAUAUUCCUUGUGUUUUCAUAUAUGCACAUUUUCUAAUAGUCCUAAUCCCAUGUAUUGUCAGUAUGUUAAUGCACACUAUGUGAAUAAUUGGGGGUUACUUGAAUUUAAUGUUUUAUAUAUAAUAUAAAAUUUUUCCAUGGCAAAGUCAAGUCAUGCUCCCUCCUUUAGUGUAAACAUUAGUGUACUAAAUAAACUGGUCAGCAUUCGGUUUUGGUUUGGGCACCAAUUAUACUUAUAUAAUUAUUUGAAUUUUGGCAAACCUCUACCAGUGAAUAUAAUGUGUAAAUACCACUUCAGGUUCUUUGACCAAAUUUCAAAACAAAACAAAAAAAAAUCAUGAAUGCCAUGAAAUGAAUAAUUAGUAAACGUAUCUUGUUAGUUGUGUUAUGUACAUUUCUCUUUUUACCUUGGUUGUGUGAAAUCAGGCCACAGCGACCAUGUUCCUCAUCAUGUCGCGACAAUUGUGGCGUUCUCUUCUUCAUUUUUCUCGUUAGUACUCAUGCAGAUUCUGUGGGAAUUUCUCUUGAUAGUAUACUUGUCUGUGAUUUCACCUGAUUUCAACCCUGCCUUAUUCAGUUUUUCAAAUAUAUUUUUAAAUGUACUCAAUGCAUACCAUGCUCGUCUUUUACCUGCUGUGGAUGUAUAGGGUGUAUAAUUAAGGACAAAUGCCUAAAAAGGUAAAAUGUUUUCUCUGAAUCUGUAAACAAAGCUCCAUUUUUUUUUUUUUUUACAUAUAUAUGUAUGGUACAUUACAGAGACUGAUGUGAGAGAUGUAUUUAAUGUAUACUAUAUAAAGCAAAUGAACUAUUAAGCCUGUUGUCAAAGAGCAGCAUGUCUAUUUGUGAGCGCUAGAUGUUUGACGUCUGUUCUGAUGAGGGUACAGGGUUUUUACACAGAUGUGCUGUUUGACAAGCAGCUACCGUCAUUCGGAUUGGAUAUUUUAAUCAUUUUAUCCUUUAAACAACUGUUUUAUACAUUCAUACCCACUAUGGAACAAUAAUCUGCAUAUUGUGAGAAGAAGUACAACAAAAUGUCUGUACACCAUGACCCAUAAGCAUAUGGAUUUUGGACAGACUGAUGUUCUUGUAUUUUGUACAACAGGAAGAAAACUGAAAACAAGGGGUAAAGCAGAUUUAAAAAAUAAGUAUUCCCAGUAUUACUAAACACCAACCGAUCUUGUGAGUCAAGCUGGUAGACUGGGACUGUGGUUACAUAUCAGUAUAAACUCCCACUGUGUUGGUGUAAGGGACUUAAUGUAGCAUUUUUUGAAAUUUUCACAGGAAGUUGGGCUCAUAUCUUGGUCUUCUUACAUCAUGUGUAACUGUUUUGUGGUUGACGUUUGCCUUCCAGAGAAUGUUGACCAAUCAGUGUGUGUGUGUGUGUAUGUGUUUGUUGAGGGACCUGUACAAAUAUCAGUUUGUUGAGUCUAAGUGAGCUCAUUGUUAGUGUGGAUAAAACUUGUCAUUACACAUAAAUAUCCAAACUGGAAGACUAUAUAUUGGAUCAUUUUCAUGGCCAAAAAAGCUGUUGGUUUAUAGCCCAAACCUUAAUAAGAGCGAACAUCAAAUAACCUCGUACUUGUAUAUCAUUUAAAGUGUCAGUCUUACACUAUUUCAUGGUGCUCAAAAGUGUGCGUUACUCAAAAUAUUCAACUUUACUUGUUUCACCUGCCAUCACUGUGAUACUGGAAGAAUCUCUCCACUGUUGUUUACAUAUAUUUAUGUUUGGUUCAUUGCCUUUAAUUUAUUACAAUCAUGGAUUCAGUGAAUCAUGGUUGAACUUUCAUGGGGGUUUGAGACCCCUGUUUGGUGCCAUAAAACUCAUUCCAUCAGAAGAGACUUACUGCAUAUUUACUACGCAUUUACCAUGUACAAACCUUUUCAACUAUUUCUAAUUUAAGAUGCUUGCAACCUGGGUGCCACCAAAGACUGCUAACUGUUGUUGUUAAGGAUGAAGUGAAAUGGCAAGAAUGUAGAAUCUAUUGAGUCUUAUUCCGAAUCAAUAGUCUACUUUGGUAAUUCCCGUUGUUUCCAAGUAUGUUUUGUUCCUUGCCUCAGUGUAAGGACACACAAAAACGACCCAUUGUUUCUUACCCGUUGUAUUCCCUACCUGCCCUUUGUGUCCUCCUCAGUCUUUUUACAUUUGAAACAUUUGUAUGGAGUCAUGUGACAAAGUGUGGAAGCUGUCAGAGUGGCUUGUAACGACCAAUGUGAGUUCCUUCCCUUGCUAGUCACCUUAAUGCCCUGCUUUCUGACUUCAGUAGUAUUAAAAAAACAGUUUGGGUCUCUUUUAUGCCCUCCAAAUCCGGUCCAUUCGCUCUUGAAGUUCUACAGAUGUCUCGUCAAAUAUUACAUAAAUUACAUUCAUUGAAAAUAUAAUAAUAAAAAUAGUAUUUAAUGAUGACUCUGAUGAUGUGUUCUGUACGUGAUGGAUGAUAUCCUGAAAAAAGAAUAAACAUUUACACUAUUCUCAAAGAUCA